UGCCGUCUGCAAUUCGGUAUCGAUGGCCGUCUGUCGUCGACACUAGUCUGUAGUCUGUGGUUUGAUAUUAGUAGUGAAAAAUGGCGACUUUACUCCCCCGUCCAAUUGGUCUUGCUCAAACUUUAUUCCUUAAAAAUGGAUCUAAGCUUCUGGUGGGGGCAACAUCGAGUCUCUAUCCAAGUAAACAGCAGGUCCGUAACUUAAACGUACAUGAGUACAUCAGUUACACUUUGCUGCGAGAUGCUGGCAUUCCUGUACCCCGAUUCAAUGUGGCUACAACUAAGGAAGAGGCAAUAAAGUUUGCGCAAGAACUAAACUCAAAAGACAUGGUACUCAAAGCUCAGGUACUUGCUGGAGGCAGAGGAAGAGGUGCCUUCAAAAAUGGCCUAAAGGGAGGUGUCAGAAUGGUAGACACAGUUGAAGUCGCCGGAGACCUCGCCAGCAAGAUGCUGAAGCAGUACCUGGUAACCAAACAAACAGGUGCGGCGGGACGCAUUUGUAACAAGGUGAUGGUCACCGAACGCAAGUUUCCGCGUAGGGAAUUCUACAUUGCCAUCAUGAUGGAGCGCAGUUUCAACGGCCCUGUCAUUAUAGCAUCCUCUCAAGGUGGAGUAAGUAUUGAAGAUGUUGCUGCGGAAAACCCAGACGCGAUCACCUAUGAACCAAUCGACAUCGUUAAGGGAAUCACUGAUGAACAAAUCCAGCGCGUUUUGAAGAAGAUUAACCUCGAAACAGCAGAAGCCAGUGACAUGAUUAAGAGGAUGUAUGAUUUGUUUUUGAAAAAAGAUGCUCUUUUAAUUGAAGUAAACCCAUAUGCGGAGGAUGCCUUAACUGGCAAAUUCUUCUGCUUGGACGCCAAGUUCCGAUUCGACGAUAAUGCCGAGUGGAGACAGAAGGAACUGUUUGCUUUGAGAGACAUUACUCAAGAAGACCCAAAAGAAAUCGAAGCUGAUAAGUUCAACUUGAACUACAUCGCUCUUGACGGUAAUAUCGGGUGCAUGGUAAACGGUGCCGGAUUGGCUAUGGCUACCAUGGACAUUAUUAAGUUGCACGGUGGUUUCCCCGCCAACUUCUUGGACGUCGGCGGUGGCGCUACUGCACAGGCUGUGUCGGAAGCCUUCAAAAUCAUCUUGUCGGAUCCCAACGUGUCCGCUAUAUUGGUGAACAUCUUCGGUGGUAUCAUGAGGUGCGACGUCAUCGCAGAGGGCAUCGUUAACGCUGCCAAGAACCUUAACAUUCAAAUCCCUGUUAUUGUGCGCCUCCAGGGUACAAAAGUGAACGAGGCGAGAAAACUGAUUGCCGAGUCAGGGUUGCGCAUUGUGCCGCGUGACGACCUCGACGAGGCCGCGCAGCUCGUGGUCCAGCUGUCAGAAAUCGUCGCGCUCGCCAAGAAAGCCGGAGUCGAGGUGAAAUUCGACAUCCCUAGAUAUAUGUUGGAGAAGUAAACUACUGCCAGUAUUUUCACUAAUAAUCAUCUUAACUAUCUAAUUGGUCAUUGUAGGUGUCUAUCCAGUUAUUUCUUCAAAAAUUCGCACCUAAAAUUGCAGAUUAUUUAUAAUGUAAUUCUCGAUAGUCAUGUAACACUCAUUGCCGUAUUAGUCGUAUCACAUACGCUGCUGGUUAAUAGUGUCUUGUAUGAAAGUUAUAUUGUAUUGUAUUGAACAUUAUUGUAGUUUAGCAAUUCCAUAGUUAAUUUUUAUAGAUAGGUUGUUAUAUUUAUAUACAGGAAUACGCUGAAGUAUUUGUGAUAUCUACAUUUUAAAUGUUAAGCACUAGCUUCCCAGUCACUCUUUCUAUAGCUGUCUAAAUGUAAUUUGAUCAAAUUAUCCUGAAAGAUCAUAUAGAACUGGUUGUAUUAGAGCCAAUUAGAUUGAAUAAUGUCAUUCAUUAUUUUAUUUAUUAAAACAUUUAGUUUAAGUGACCAUAUUAGAUAAUACAUAGUUAGUUCGAAUGAUUGUUAAACUAAAUAUUCAUUGAUGUUGUAGUGGAGUGUUAUAAUGCUUCAAGUUGUUAUCAAAUUUGUAAUUUGCUAUUAUCGUUACUGCAGCGAUCGCGAUCGAGUCGAAGUAUUUCAAGUAAACAUUUAUUUAUAAAUAUAAAGUAUAUAUUGUUAUGUAAAGUGCACCUGUAGUUGGUGUUACUCUGAAGCGCGUAACGUCGCAAUAAGUAUUUUGUACAUUAUGUACUGUAUAUGUAUGUUUAUUUGUAAAUAGCAACACUUAAUUUAAUUUGUUCUGAAAAAAUCUUCAGUUUUCAGACAAGAAAGUACAAUGUAAUUUAUCUACAGUUUAUUUCAAAAAUGCAUACCUCUGUAUUACUACAAAAAUAUUUAUUUUGGGCUU